AUGGCUGGCUUUGGAGAAGUGGACUUGUCGGUGAAUGCCCCAGCUCUCUCCAAGCUGAAAGAGCAAGUGGGAGAGGACUCCGCCCCCGCCACUCCAGAGUGUGCCAUCUGCCUGCAGAGCUGCAUCCACCCUGUCUGUCUCCCCUGCUCCCAUGUCUUCUGCUUCCUGUGUGUGAAAGGUGCCUCCUGGCACAGCAAGCGCUGCACUCUCUGCUGACAGGAAAUCCCAGAGGACUUCUUGGAGCGUCCAGUUCUGCUCUCUCCAGAAGAGCUAAAAGCUGUGGCCUCAGCACUGAGUCGGAGUGGGGGUGGGUCUCGUGGGGACUACGCCUGGUACUAUGAAGGGCGAAACGGCUGGUGGCAGUAUGAUGAGAGGACUAGUCGAGAGCUGGAGGAGGCUUUUGUAAAGGGCAGGAAGAGCACAGAGAUGCUGAUUGCAGGGUUCCUUUAUGUGGCAGAUCUGGAAAAUAUGGUACAGUACCGCCGGAACGAGCAUGGCCGUAGACGCAAGAUGAAGAGGGACGUCGUAGAUAUUCCUAAGAAAGGAGUGGCAGGGUUGAGGUUAGAGCCUGAAGCUGCCUCCAUUCCUGCUGACCCAGCUGCUGUGUCAGCAUCAACAGAACGUGUGAGCUCAAUUUUUUUUUCUAGGGGCUCCACCUGA